UACUCCUCCUCAGUCCUCCACUCCUUUCUCUCCAUUUACUGAGAAAGCACUAAGCGGAUGCCCCUCUGUUCUUGCAUGGACUCUUGUUGAUGGAAAUGGUAAAGGCACUGCUGAACAACAUUUCACUUUUUCUUUAUUUCUUACUCUUGCUCUGGUCCAGGGAAACAUUUCCUCUGUUUCAUGAUCUUCUGUUGGACAUUCCAGAGCAGCUUUGUUGUGUUGUGCACAACUGAUGGACAAGAAUCAAACCAGAGAUAACUUUGAAAAAGGUGGAACUUUCUUACAAAGACUUUUCAGAUACUGAAGCAUCCAAUUGUUGGCUGCUUUGGUUUUGGGUCAGUCAGAAAGCUAUAGGGAGAAUUAUUUACACAGAGCCUAACUGGUCCUAGUUUUUCUCCCGCCGACAAAAUGGGUUCAGAUGUACGUGACCUAAACUCUCUGCUGCCCCCGCUUCCUACGGGCCAUAGCCCCAGCUGCCCUGCCCUGCCCGUCAGCUCAGCCCCUCAAUGGGCUCCUGUCCUGGAUUUCCAUGCCGCUGGAUCUCCUUAUCCUCCCCUUGCAGCCACCCACACCUCCCUAGGGCAACACUCCUUCAUCAAGCAGGAGCCCACCUGGGGUGCUAACACUGACCCCCACCACCAUGACGCUGACCCUCACUGCGGCCUUAGUGCCUUCACUGUCCAUUUCUCUGGGCAGUUCACAGGGACUGGGGCAUGUAGGUAUGGAACAUUUGGGGCGCAACUACCUCCGCCACCACCCACUCAACCCCCAUCUGUGGCUGCCCCACACCACCACCACCACCACCAGCCACCCAGCAGGAUGUUCAGCAACCCACCGCACCUGACCAACUGCAUGGACACACAGCAAGCAGUCCGCAACCAGACAGGUUACAGUGCAGUUGCAUUCGAUGGAGCUGGUAAUUACAGUCAAAUUCCUACAUACCAGGGCUCCCAGUUCUCCAAUCACUCCUUUAAACAUGAAGACACUUUAACCCAGCAAAGCACUAUGGGUGAGCAGCAGUAUUCUAUUCCUCCUCCGGUCUAUGGAUGCCACACACCUUCAGACAGCUGUUCAGGCAGCCAGGCUCUUCUGCUGAGAAACCCUUACAACAGUGGAGGAAAUUUAUAUCAAAUGGCCUCUAAAUUGGACUGUGUCACAUGGGACCCUGUCAAUACACUGGCAUCCAGCAUUAAGAGCCAUGCCACAGGCUAUGACAGUGACCCCAACUCCCCCAUGGUGUACAGCUGCAGCACACAGUACCGCAUACACACACAUGGAGUCUUCAGAGGCAUACAGGAUAUGCAGCGGGGGCCCAGCCUACCUCAAGCCAUAGUUCGGUCAGAGAGCAACGAGAAGCGUCCCUUUAUGUGUGCCUACCCUGGAUGCAACAAGCGCUACUUCAAGCUUUCCCAUUUACAGAUGCACAGUCGCAAGCACACAGGGGAGAAACCCUACCAGUGUGAAUUUACAGACUGUGGCAGGAGGUUUUCUCGCUCUGACCAGCUCAAAAGACACCAGAGGAGGCACACAGGAGUUAAACCUUUCCAAUGCGAGACGUGUCAGAGAAAAUUCUCACGAUCUGACCACCUUAAGACACACAACCGGACUCAUACAGGUAAAACAAGUGAGAAGCCUUUUAACUGCCGCUGGCCUAACUGUCAGAAGAAGUUUGCCCGCAGCGAUGAGUUGGUGAGACACCACAACAUGCACCAGAGGAACCUCACCAGACUCCAGCUGGCCAUCUGAGUCUUUUUUUUACCUGUAUCACAGUUUUAACAUUUAGAAAUGUGGGUUAUGCCUGCUAAUAUCCUCUGUCAAGUCAAUCCAGACCUGGAUUCUUUGCAUGAAAGAAACCUCUCAAUGGGCCAGUGGAAACCUAAUUGGCCCCUAAAAAGUUACGGUUAUGUCUAUAUUCUAAAGCCAAAUGAAAAACUGAACAUUAAAAAGAAUUGUGAAAUGUUAGGUGUUAAAUAUAGUAUUGUAGUAUAGAAGCUGAGAAUUUAAGGUUCUGGAAUGUGAUGGAUAAUACUGGCAAUAUUUAGUAUUUUUGAUUUUGCCAACUUAUCCAAAAAACCAUCAAGAAAUCAGCUCCCUACUUUAGUCAAAUAGGACAGCUUUUUUGCUCCAGAUGGGAGGCAACUUGAAGGCUCCAGCAAAUAUUGAAGGAUCAACCAAAUAAAUAGUCGACACUGGCUUUUGCUGCAGUGCACAACAAUAUUAUCUUGUUUGGCUUAUUAUAUCUAAUAGGUUCUAAUAUGUGUUUACAUGUUAUCACUAAACCAACACACACUUUAUAAAUGUAAAGUUUUUAUCGUAAAUUAUUUCCCCAAGACAUAUUGCCUCUUUACUUUUUCACUAAACUAAAAGAAAUACUCCAAAUGUUUGGAAAAUUUUCAGGUCAAACCACAACCAUUUGUACAGUUCAAAGGUUCUUGUCACUUACAUAAGGGCCCUACAUCAUGUUGAACUUGGUAAUACUUACGUAUGUUGAAACCAAAAGCUUUUUGUCUUGUGGUUUUAUUUGUUAUGAUUAGGAUGACAAAACAGCUUGACUGGAAUGAUUCAAAGGAAGGGAUGUGUCUUUAUUUUGUGUGUUUUUCUCUUCUUAUAGUUUCACCAUUUAUUCCAUUAAAGCUGGUUUUGGGUUUAAGCAAAUGAGCAAAUUACAGAAACAAUCUGCACCUAACCUUUGAAUUGCCCACCGAGAACAAAUACUUUUUUUUUAUUGAACAACAUAAUUUGCAAUGUUUGUAAUGUCAGUUUUGGUGUUUUGUCAUAGCCUAAAAUAUACAUUUUAAAUUAUCUUGCCUUUGUGAGUAUAAUAAGAAGCUGAACUUUUUUGUUUUUGAAUAAUGUGAAGAUUUUUUUCUAUUGUUAAGUGCUCUGAGGACUUUGUUGUGUAGACAGAAACCUUUGGUAGAGUAUGCAAGCUCUUAAAGGGAAACUUGUAGGUUGGAGACCCUAAUCAGUGUACAGGAAAAUGGUUUAGAAAAUAUAUUGUCAACAAAAUAUAUGAAUUAGCACUCUACAUUGAAUUCUGGAAUCAUUUUGUGUGUUUACUUUAAAUUUAGUGUCGCAGGCAACAGGAUGUAACGUAACACCUUAGCAUUAAUAAACAUGUCAGUUUUGUCAAUGAAGAGAGUUUUUUAUUCUUAUGCAUACAACGGACCACUGGCUUCCAAUUAUGAUCCUGUUAGGUAUCAAAGAGACCAGGAACAGGUCAGGAUUAGCAAAAAUGAUGACCACCGGAGAGAAAUUC